AUGCGUUUGUUCACAGUUUUCUCUUUGAUCUCACUAAUUAGCUUAUUAUUCAUUUCAUCAAGCAAUGCACAGACAAAUAAUACCACCUUUCAAGUUGGUGUCAUUCUUGAUGCCGAUUCGCUAAUCGGACGAAUAGGCAAUACCAGCUUGUCGUUUGCUCUCUCCGAUUUUUAUUCAAUAAACUCAAACUAUUCCACAAGAAUCGUGCUUCAUACACGGGAUUCUAAAGGACGAGUCACCGAUGCUGCAGCUAGUGCUCUAAAUUUGUUGAAGGAAGUACAAGUUGAUGCAAUAAUCGGUCCUCAAAGAUCUACUCAAGCAGAGUUUGUGAUCGGUCUUGGAGACACAGCAAAAGUCCCGAUUAUUUCUUUCUCGGCAACGAGUCCUUCUCUCCGACCACAAACUCCUUAUUUUCUUCAAACGGCUCUUAGUGAUGCUGAUCAAGUUGAUGCUGUGGCCGCAAUCGUUAAGUACUUUCGAUGGAAUCAAGUUGUUCUCGUGUUCGAAGAUUCUGAUUAUGGUUAUGGCAUUUCUCCUUAUUUAGCUAAUGCAUUUCGACAAGUGAACACCCGAGUUUCGUACAGAAGCGUUAUUCCUAUCUCGGCAAGUGACGAUUUCAUCCUUCAAGAGCUGUACAAGAUGAAAACUAUGCAGACACGGGUGUUUGUGGUUCACCUUUCGAGCGGUCUUGCUUCUAGAAUCUUCCUCAAAGCAAAGGAAGCAGAAAUGAUGAGUGAAGGCUAUGUGUGGAUCGUGACAAGUGGGCUUAUGGAUUUGUUCUAUUCGUUGGAUUCAAAAGUUGUAGAGUCCAUGCAAGGAGUUCUUGGUGUGAAACCACUCGUUCCGCGAUCGAGCAAACUCGAUUCCACCACUAUAAGGUGGAGGCAGAAGUUUGCAGAUGACAAUCCUGGAAUUACUCCACAAACAGAAAUGAGUCUCUAUGGGCUUUGGGCAUAUGAUACUUUGUGGGCGUUGGCUAUGGCUGCCGAGAGAACCAGAUUCAAGGAGCCGAGUUCGUUGCCAAACGCAACUUCUCUUAACUCUACGGAUAUGUUCAUUACCGAAAUAUCACAAACAGGUCCUCAACUUCUUGCAGCAAUGUUGGAAACCGAAUUCCAAGGACUUGCUGGGAAUUUCAAAUUAGUCAACGGGCAACUAGAGUCGUCGUCUUUCCAAAUAUUGAACGUUAACGAAAAAGGGCUGAGAGAAGUUGGAGUAUGGACUCCAUUAUUGCAAAGUUCAAGUCAAACGAAUGCGAACAUGACGGGUUUUGUAGGUGAGAAAUUGGAGAAUGUUAUAUGGCCAGGGGAAUCGACGAAUGUACCAAAGGGGUGGGAGGUUCCGGUAAGUGGUAAGAAGCUUAAAGUUGGUGUUCCGGUAGAAAUUGGUUUUUCGGAAUACGUAAAGGUAGAAAGGGAUCCGCGAACAAAUGGUACCAAAAUUAGUGGAUACUACAUAGACUUAUUCGAUUCUGUCAUGGAUGCACUACCUUAUUCCAUCCGAUACGAGUACGUCCCGUUUCAAAGAUCCGAUGGGAGCUACGAUGACUUGGCCUACCAAGUUUUUAAUGGGAACUAUGAUGCUGCUGUUGGAGACAUAACAAUCACAGGGACGAGAUCAGAAUACGUAGACUUCACUCUACAAAUCGAAGAAGGGGGAGUUUCGAGGACACAGAAAAUCGAGUACGAAAAUCCAAACGAUGAAUGGUUUUUCUUGAAACCACUCACAUUAGAACUAUGGUUAACUGCCUUAGCCAUGUUCAUUUUAACCGGAGCAGCGCUAUGGCUUCUCGAACAUAGGCAUAACGAAGAUUUCAGAGGGGAGAAAAUAGUGACGAAUUUUGCUCGACUGGUUGUAGUGGUGUGGAUAUUCGUGGUUUUAGUAUUGAACUCAACUUACACGGCAAGUCUUUCAGCAAGAUUAACAGCAAUCAAGCUUCUAAAAGUCGACACGGGCGUAAAAACGCUAAUAAGAAACGGGGACUACGUGGGGUGCAGAGAAGGCACCUACAUUAUCGAGUUCUUGAAAAGGCUUGGAUUCGACGAAUCCAAGAUCAGGACAUACAAACUUCCGGAAGACUUCGAUACUGCCUUAUCCAAAGGAAGUAAAAACGGAGGCAUAACUGCGUUCUUUUCUCGCACUCCUUACAUGGAACUCUUCCUAACCAAGUACUGCAACAAGUACAUGAAAGUCGGCUCCCCGUAUUAUACCGAGGGCUUUGCGUUUGCAUUUCCCAAGGGUUCACCGUUAGUUGCUGACGUGUCGCGUGCAAUCAUCAAGCAGACGGAUAAUCACAAGAUUUCGGAAAUAAAGGACCGUUGGAUCAAACAAUCCGCAUGUAAUGAAGACGACAUAUCUAACGGCUCUUCGACAAAUAUCGGAUUGAAAAGUUUCAAAAUCCUGUUUGGAAUAACAGGUGGGAUUACAGGUAUUUGCCUUGUGCUUGCACAGCAAAAUACAACCUUUCAAGUUGGUGUCAUUCUCGAUGCCGAUUCAUUGGUCGCCCGUACGGGUAUGACCAGCUUGUCGUUAGCCCUCUCAGAUUUUUAUUCAACUAAUUCUAAUUAUUCGACAAGACUCGUGCUUCACACAAGGGAUGGAAGAGGACGAAUCACCGAUGCUGCGUCUAGUGCUCUCAAUUUGUUGAAGGAUGUACAAGUUGACGCAAUCAUCGGUCCUCAAAAAUCUUCACAAGCAGAGUUUGUGAUUGGUCUUGGAGAUGCAGCCAAAGUGCCGAUCAUUUCUUUCUCCGCAACGAGUCCUUCUCUCGGUUCGCAAACUGAAUAUUUCGUUCAAACAGCCCUAACUGAUGCUGCCCAAGUUGAUGCGACUCGGAUUAUGGUAAUGGCAUUACUCCCUUAUUUGGCUAAUGCGUUUCAACAAGUGAACGCUCGUGUUUCGUACAGAAGCGUUAUACCUACCUCUGCAACUAACGACUUCAUGCUUCAAGAGCUGUACAAGAUGAAAACUAUGCAGACAAGGGUGUUUGUGCUUCAUACUACAAGCUCCCUUGCUUCUAGAAUCUUCCUGAAAGCAAAGGAAGCAGAAAUGAUGAGUGAAGGCUAUGUUUGGAUUGUAACCACCGGGAUCAUGGAGUUGUUUUAUUCAUUGGAUUCGAAAGUCGUAGAGUCCAUGCAAGGAGUUGUCGGCGUGAAACCGCUCGUCACAAGAUCGAGUAAACUGAAUUUCACGACUAUAAGAUGGAAGAAGAAGUUUGCAGAUGAUUAUCCUGGAAUUACUCCACAAGAAGAGAUGAAUCUUUACGGGCUUUGGGCUUAUGAUACUUUAUGGGCAUUGGCUAUGGCUGCUGAGAAAACCGGAUUUAAGGAGCCGACUUCUUUGCCAAACAAAACCGCUCUCAACUCUACUGACAUUUUUAUUACAGGAACAUCACAAACAGGUCCAAAACUUCUUGCAGCAAUGUUGGAUACUAAGUUCGAAGGGCUCGCUGGGAAUUUCCAUUUGGUUAACGAGCAACUAGAGCCUUCGUCGUUCGAAAUCUUGAAUGUAAAUGGAAAGGGGCUGAGACAAGUUGGAAUAUGGACACCGUUUGUUCAAAGUUCAAGUCAAGUGUACGGGAAUUCAAUGGGUUUUACAGGUGAGAAAUUGGAGAAUAUUAUAUGGCCUGGAGAGUCGAGGAAUGUACCGAAAGGAUGGGAAGUUCCGAACUACGAUGUUGCUGUUGGAGACAUAACUAUCACAGCCACGAGAUCAGAAUAUGUUGUGUUCACACUUCCGAUAGAAGAAGGUGGAGUUACACGGACACAGAAAAUUCAAUACGACGACAAUCGGAACGACAAAUGGUUUUUCUUGAAGCCCCUCAAAAUGGAACUAUGGUUAACUAUCUUAGCACUCUUCAUUUUCACCGGAGUAUCUCUCUGGAUUCUCGAGCAUAAGUUUAACAAAGCCUUCAGAGGUCGGCCUUCUGGAUAUCUCGGUUUAAUCUUCUACAUACCAUUCAUGUCAUUAGUCUUCGCCCACAGGGAGAAAAUAGUGACGAAUUUAGCUCGAGUGGUUGUAGUUGUGUGGAUAUUCGUUGUUUUAGUACUAACCUCAACGUGCACAGCGAGUCUUUCGGCAAGAUUAACGACGUUUAAGCUACAGCAAGGAGAUACAGAUGUGAAUACGCUUAUUAGAAAUGGAGACUACGUGGGGUGCAGAGAAGGCACUUUUCGCACUUUUCUUGUAGAGUUCUUGACAAGGCUCGGAUUCCACGAAUCGAAAAUCAGGAUAUAUAAACAUGCAGAGGAAUUUGCCAAUGCAUUGUCAAAAAGAAGCGCUAACGGGGGCGUAACUGCCAUUUUUUCGAGCACUCCUUAUGCGGACCUCUUUUUAUCAAAGUACUAUAGCAAUUACACGAAAUUCGGGUCACCUUAUCUUACAGAGGGGUUUGCCUUUGGUUUCCCAAAGGGGUCACCGUUAGUUGGUGACGUGUCGAGUGCGAUCACUAAACUGACAGACAGUCAUAAAAUAGCAGAAAUAAAGGCGCAUUGGAUAAGGCAAUCCGGGUGUAAUGAAGACGAUGAUCCUUCUAAAGUUGGGUGGACAAAUAUAGGUUUGAGAAGUUUCAAAGUACUGUUUGCAGUGACAGGGGCUGUCACAGGGACAACUGUCGUGCUAUUCUUAGUUUCGUUUCUGUACCAGAACAGAGUUCGUGUACGAAAUAUCUACAAUUCCGACAACACGGUUGGGUUUAAAGUCCAUGCAUUUGGCAGGCUUUUUGAUGAAAGAGACCGUGCGUAUUUGCCGGAAGAUGAUGAUGCAGUUGAAAUCGGGGUGUUUCCGAUGCAUAAUAUUAACAGGCAGGUGAUGCUUAAUAACAUGCGGUUGGUUCUUAAUAACGGACGGGUGAUGAUAAGAGCAAAUUCCUUUAAUUGA